UGCAUAAACUUCUCUCAUUGUCCGCAUCAAUCGAAGCUUUUUCUGUUCCCUCUCUUCCUCCCUUCGCUCGCGGCCAAGCAUAAGGAAGAUCACACCUUUUGGCAAAUUGCAAACGUCCACCGCCCAUCACCCCUGUCGCUAUAUCUCUCUCUCUCUCUCUCUCCCCAUCCGUUGCGCAGCGCCCCCCCUCGUGAAACCCGCCUUCCAAAUGCUCAUCUGCCGUCGCUGACCGAACGUGGGAAAGGCCUAAAGGGGUGCCAGAUUUGGCUCCGCUUCGACGGGUGAAGACUGAGAGUCGUGGGUGAGCGAGAGAGAGAGAGUCUCGGGAGACGGUGGAGGAGAGACAGACUCCACCGGCCGCCGUGUCAAAGGUGGUGCGGCGGCGGUGGUAAGAGACGGCGGUACUAGUCGUUGGCCACAGAGCGCGGAGAGAGGAUGCGAGAAAUUAGGGGUCCUCGUUUGAUUUCGGUGGAGGCGGUUGGUGACAGAAGCUGCAUGAAUGUACGCCACUGUCUUCAGCGGCGGCUAAACAUUAGCGAUUGCUUUGCCUCUGAGAUUAGCCUUCUGCGCUUUCUAACAGAACAAACACGUGAGAAUCAAAACUCAAAAGACCAUGUUAUACGGUUGAGCUCUUGAAGAUGAUGCAGAUGAAAAUGAUCAAGAUCACAUGGUGGGCCAUAGUUGGAUUGUUACACACUCAGAAAAGCCAUGAUUGAGGGACAAGAUUCGAUCAAUUUCGUGGUGAAUCCUCUGCGUUAUUAUUAAAUUCAUCCCACUCGACUUCGUGCUCACAGCACUAGCCCCACUGCUGCACUAAGACAAGGUUGGAUUGCAUUGCACAAGCAGAGGAAGCAGUCAUGCAGUAAACUAACGAAUGAACUCAUUUUUUUAUUCAAAAUCAGAACUUUCAAGAGAAUUUGCUGUAUGUUUCAACCUGCAAGAGCAAGAGCAAGUCCCCACCAAGGAGUAGAGCGGGUGCAGACAUUCUCACGAUAAAUAUACAGACAAAUUGCAUUAAGCCAGGUGGACAACGACAGCAGUGGUACUGGUUCUUGACCACUGUCUUCAUUUCUCUUUAUCACCAAUAUGUCAGCCUUGUCUUCUUCUUGUUCUUCUUCUAUUUCCUUUGUCCUUUUCUUUUUUCCCUUUUCCUGGGCCAUGAAAAUUCAAAUAGUAGUCUGAGGACCCCCUCCAUCUGCAAAGAAUUCAACCCUGUAAUUCUGGCAGGGAAGAAAAGAACAAGAAGUGAACUUGGGCGUGUUCUUCUCUGUUCCCACAUGUUUGCGUAAGCCAAAGUCUCAAAGUGGCUCUCUUUCUCCUGCUUCAAGUAUUCCCUUCCCAAUUAUAAAGAAACAGGAAGUGUCCAGCGCAGAGCCAGUUCAGGGUUCCUUGAGACUUAAUGCUUCUUCCUUGCUUUUCUGGAGAAUGGAGGGUUCUCGUUUCUCAUUGCACUCUCUCAGAUUUCAGUGACGUUGGCUCUCAUUCAGGGUUUUUCACUUUGGACGUAAUUGAUAGAUUGGAAGAAGUUAAGGACAUACCGGCCCUCUUUUGCUGUGCCUGCUGCAAAAGUCGGAAAACAAUAUGCUUAAUGUUCUCCGUCUCUGGAAGGUUGUUGACCUAAGGAUCCCGAUGGAUCUGGUUUGGCUUCUCUGCAUUUUCGUCCUCUUUUCCGGAGAAUUGUCACUAGGACAGUCCAAACCCAAUGCAGACACAGUGACUAUUGGAGCUAUUUUCACCUUUACAACUAUCAAUGGGAAAGUCGCUCAAAUCGCCAUGAAGGCUGCAGAGAACGAUGUCAAUGCAGAUCCAACUUUUCUUGGGGGACACAGACUGUCUAUAUCCAUGCACGAUUCCAAUUUCAGUGGAUUUCUUGGCAUCAUCGGCGCUUUGCAGUUCAUGGAGACGGACACGGUUGCAAUAAUAGGUCCACAGAAUUCAGGAACGGCCCACAUUCUCUCGCAUCUAGCAAAUGAACUACACGUUCCCAUGCUGUCAUUCACAGCGCUGGACCCCAUGCUCUCUCCCCUCCAGUACCCCUACUUCGUUCAAACUGCACCCAGCGAUCUGUUCCAGAUGAUGGCUGUUGCAGAUAUGAUCAGCUAUUACAGAUGGCGAGAGGUGGUUACAAUUUACUCCGAUGAUGAUCAUAGCAGGAAUGGCAUCACUGUGUUAGGUGAUCAACUGGCGGAGAGACGCUGCGAUAUAAUGUAUAAGGCAGCGCUUCCCCCAGAUCCCACGGCAACUGAGAGUGAUGUUAUAGCUGAAUUGAAUAAGAUAAAAUUGAUGGAACCCCGAGUGAUCAUAUUGCAUACAUACACAAAGACAGGUCUUUUGGUUUUUGAUGUGGCCAAGAGCCUCGGCAUGAUGGAGAGUGGGUAUGUUUGGUUCGCAACUACGUGGUUGUCUAGUGUUCUGGAUUCUAAUUCUUCACUUUCCUCAAAGGUUGCUGACUCUAUUCGGGGAGUUCUCGCACUUAGGCUCCACACCCCCGACUCAAAGAGAAAAGCGGAUUUUUCAGCGAGGUGGAACUCGUUGAGCAAUGGUACUAUUGGGUUGAACCCUUAUGGUCUUUAUGCCUAUGAUACAGUAUGGAUGAUUGCUCGUGCAGUUAAAAUGUUCCUGGAUCAGGGAAACAACAUUUCAUUCUCGAAUGACGCGAAAUUAAGUAAUGUUGGGGGAGGAGCUCUGAAUCUUGAGGCAUUGAGCAUUUUUGAUGGAGGGAAGCAGUUGCUUACCAAUGUCCUGCAGACAAAUAUGAAUGGUCUGAGUGGCCCAAUCAAAUUUAAUCCAGACAGAUCUCUAGUACAUCCUUCUUAUGACGUCAUUAACGUACUUGAAAAUGGGUAUCGCCAGAUAGGAUAUUGGUCCAACUACUCUGGGCUUUCCAUUGUUCCUCCUGAAGAACUUUAUGCCCAACCACCUAACCGUUCUAGUUCGAACCAACAUUUGAACAGUGUGAUUUGGCCUGGAGGCACCAGUACCAAGCCUCGCGGUUGGGUUUUUCCAAAGAAUGGAAAGCAACUAAGCAUAGGAGUUCCAAGGAGAGUUAGUUACCGGGACUUUGUCGAGCAGGUCAAUGGUACUGACAUCGCCCAGGGGUAUUGCAUAGAUGUGUUUCUUGCUGCCAUAAAAUUGCUUCCCUAUGCAGUUCCACACAAAUUUAUCUUGUUUGGAGAUGGUCGCAAAAAUCCUAGCUACAACGAGCUCGUAAAUGAGAUUGCAGCAGAUGUUUUUGAUGGUGCUGUGGGAGAUAUCGCGAUUGUUACAAAUCGAACAAAGAUUGUAGAUUUUACUCAGCCAUACAUUGAGUCGGGUCUAGUUGUUGUUGUUGCCCCUGUUAGGAAUUUGAAUUCAAGUCCUUGGGCCUUCUUGCGUCCAUUUACUCCAUCGAUGUGGGCUGUCACAGGGGUCUUCUUCCUCAUUGUAGGAGCAGUAGUGUGGAUUCUUGAACACAGAAUUAAUGAUGAGUUCCGGGGAUCUCCCAGGAAACAGGUCAUCACAAGUCUAUGGUUCAGCUUUUCUACCAUGUUCUUUGCCCACAGAGAAAACACCGUAAGCACACUCGGUCGCAUGGUGCUGAUCAUCUGGCUUUUCGUGGUUUUGAUAAUUAACUCAAGCUAUACAGCGAGCCUCACAUCAAUCCUGACUGUUCAACAGCUAUCCUCGCCGAUCAGAGGGAUAGAUUCGUUAAUAAUCAGCGAUUCCCCCAUUGGCUUCCAAGUGGGGUCUUUUGCAGAGAACUAUAUGGUUGAGGAACUGAACAUUCCAAAAUCAAGACUUAUUUCACUUGACUCGCCAGAGGAUUAUGCUUCAGCCCUCAAGACUGGAAGAGUGGCUGCUGUUGUUGAUGAAAAACCAUACAUAGACCUCUUCCUUUCAAAUCACUGCCAGUUCUCAAUCAUGGGCCAAGAGUUCACCAAAAGUGGGUGGGGUUUCGCAUUCCCUAGAGACUCCCCCCUAGCCAUCGACAUGUCCACUGCCAUGCUCACUCUAUCAGAGAACGGUGAGCUCCAGAAGAUUCAUGACCGGUGGCUGUCCAGAAAGGCUUGCGGGUCCCAGAACUCUGGCGCAGGAUCUGACCAGCUUCAUCUCCAAAGCUUCUGGGGGCUGUUCCUUAUUUGCGGGGUUUCUUGCGCUAUAGCUCUCGUCCUAUAUCUCUUCUUUGUCUUGCGCAAGUUCAAAGAGCAUUCUCAUCAAGUAUCUGAGCCAUCUUCCCAUGGAAGCUCUCGUUCCGCACGCCUUCAGACUUUUUUGUCCUUUGUGGAUAGGAAGGAGGAUAAGUCUCGGAGCAAGUCGAAGAGAAAGCGGAGUCAAGAGCUUAUGAAUAAAUACGGGGAAUCUAACCUAUCAAUCAAUGGAUCCAAUAGACUAGAAAUUGACGUCUCCGGUUAACGUUGAAAGGGGAAUGUACUGGAUCCACGAGUUUACAUAGCUAAUAACAGCUUGGUUGCUUAUUUUCAAUCUUGGGUCUGGAAAGAACCGGGAAUUCUCCGAGUGUAGAGUUUCACUUAAUAGUCCGGGGCGGCGGUGCUUAGAGUAGGGCGACCAGUUUGUUGUGCAGAGUUUUAACUGAAGACAUCAUCCUCUUUUCUGUUCCGAAACGUCAUGCAGUUGGAUGGGGGAUUACUCAAAGGCGAGUGAAGGUGAUCCAGAGAUGCAAACGUCUGUCGCCGACCCCAAGCCAGUUGAAGGGCUUACAUUUAGGAGUCCACAACCUGUGUCGUGCUGGAAGUUGGAGCAGCCAAAUGCCUAUGCUCAUGCAGAAGUAGAAGAAGCUGUGUGAUCUUGGAAGUGAGGAAAUGGUAGUAAGUUUUCUCGCCGAAACAAAACAAAUGGACUGUGGUGAAGAACACUAGCUUUUAAGAUCGUUUGCAAUCUGACAGUGGAUGAAUGCAAAAACGAUAUUAGUGUUGUGUAUCUUGGCUUGCAAUGAUCAGCUGAAUUUGAAAGCACGAGUCUGUCGCACUUUGUAGCAGAAGAAGCUGUGACACCGCACGAGUUUGAACUUGUUCUUGCUUCUCAAAAUGGAUGGCAUGGCAUGGCAUGGCACUCCGUUAACCCAAGUAUCACAUUUUGAGUUAUAUUGUUGAAAAUUUGUGUACUCGAUUGAACAAAAACUAAGGUUAGAUACUCGAUU